AUGACCUCAGACGAAAAGCCCCCAGUCUUCAAUUACAUCCUGAGCUUCAUCCUCGUAGGGCUCGCGUGGGGCUUCACGACCCCUUUCAUCCGCCGGGCCGCCCAGUCGCACAACCCCCCGACGCAUCCGGUCCUCGAGAGCCCUGCCGUACAGGCCAGCUGGCUCAAGCCCAAGGUCUACGGGGCAUUCUUCGGGGUUGUCGAUCUCCUGAGGAACCCUCGUUACGCCAUCCCGCUGGUGCUCAACCUCACGGGGAGCGUGUGGUUCUUUCUGCUCAUUGGUAAAGCAGAAUUGAGCCUGACAGUACCCAUUGUGAACACUUUGGCGUUUCUAUUCACCGUUCUCGGUGAUUGGUACGUUGACGGCAAGGUAAUCAGCCGAGUUGGGAUGGGUCUCAUGCUGGGUGGUAUUGCCUUGUGCGUCCAAAGCAAGCGUUGA